UUUACAGGAUGGCAUUGCGGGGGACAAGAGUCGUGGAAUUGGCUGGUUUAGCUCCUGCUCCUUUUUGUGGGAUGAUUUUGUCUGACUUUGGAGCCAAUGUUAUUCGUGUUGACAAACCCAAAGGCCCCCAUAUUGAUCGUUCAGGACGUGGAAAACGCUCAGUGGUUUUAGACCUCAAGAAACCAGAAGGGAUAAAUAUUGUCAAGAGGAUGUGUGCCAAAGCUGAUGUUCUUAUUGAGCCUUACAGACCAGGUGUAAUGGAGAAGAUUGGUUUGGGUCCUGUAGAGCUUAUGAAGGAGAAUCCCAAAUUGAUUUAUGCAAGGUUAACUGGGUUUGGCCAAACUGGACCUUAUGCAAACAUGGCAGGUCAUGAUAUUAAUUAUGUUGCUAUUUCAGGUCUACUUUCCAUGUUGGGCCGUAAAGAAGGCAAACCCACUCCUCCAAUUAAUUUGCUAGCUGAUUUUGCUGGGGGAGGUCUCAUGUGUGCCUUUGGAAUUGCACUAGCUCUGUUGGAACGUUCAAAUUCAGGUCUUGGACAGGUUAUUGAUGCAAAUAUGGUCGAGGGAGCUGCGUAUACUGGAUCUUGGUUGUAUGCAUCAAGAGAUUUGUAUAUUUGGGGAAAACCUAGAGGAUGCAACUGGCUAGACUCUGGAGUUCAUUUUUAUGACACCUACGAAACGAGUGAUGGAAAGUAUAUGGCUGUUGGAGCCAUUGAACCUCAGUUUUAUCAGCAAUUCAUAUCACUUCUUGGAUUGACUACUGGAGAUGUUGGACAGCUUGAUGAUCCAGAUGAGAUGAAGAAGAUUAUAGGCAAACGUUUCUCAGAAAAAACUCAGGAGGAGUGGACUAAAGUGUUUGAAGGAAAAGAUGCAUGUGUGACUCCAGUUUUGAGCAUGGAUGAAGCUCCUAAUCAUCCUCACAAUGUAGAUCGUGGAAGUUUCAUUAAAGCUUCUGAUGGACAUUUUGAACCAAGGCCAGCACCUCUGCUCUCACGUACCCCUGGUAUUGUCAUCGAGGGUGCAAUAGCUCCAAAAGUUGGUCAGCAUACCUGUGAAGUAUUGAGCGAGUUAGGGUAUAGUAAACAGGACAUUGCUGACCUAAUACAAAAGGAUAUUGCAGAGCAAUUAAAAGAGAAAGCAAAUUUAUAGUUUAAUUUUAUGUGUAGAUUUUUGAAAUGGUGCUAAUAAUUUGUGUACAUUUAUAUACGAUAGCUUUGUGUAAUUAAAACUGUAUAUAACUGUCGAAGUUAUGGAUGAGUAUAGGAAAUAAAUGUCUUAAGUAAUAAGAAUGCAGUACAAGAUCCAACAGGUCACUAAUGGACUGAACAAGUCCAUUUAUCUUGAUUACUUAUACGUAGUUUGUAAUAUAAAGUUUUACAUUUCAUGUGGGUAUGAAUAUUUUAUUGAUAAAGUUUUACAUUUCAUGUGGGUAUGAAUAUUUCAAUGAGUUUUUUUUUAUGGUUCUAAGAUUUGAAAUAUUUUUUUAAAUAAAUGUUGGAAAGAUUAA